UUCUUCCUUUUAUUGUUCGUUUGCCAAUUGUGGCGUUACAACAAGAGCAAGCUUCGCAAGAAUCGGCUGAAGCAAUCGUCUAAAACGCAAGGAAACAAUAAUAGUUCUACGUGCUCGUCCUCGCUCCCCAGGAUUUUGCGAGGUAACGAAUACUCACGUUUACAAGAUGAAAAGGAUUCACCGCGUUCUUGUUGUGCAACUUGGUGGAGUAGUACCAACGUACCAGCAGUUUAUCUUGUGCUCCCACUCAAAUCACACGAAAAAAGCCGUUCUUUACCGCGGGCUUUUAGAUCACGUCUUGUUCAUGACAACUUUUGGCUUCCCUGCGCUUCCCUUUAUUUACUCUCUAGCCUCUCCUUGAUCGAGAGUUGUCUGUCGGCCAAUUUUGAUAAUGCAGUUCCUCGUCAAUCUGUGCUGCUGCUGCUGCUGCUUGGGAUUUCUGGCUGGAUUCGUCGCUGGAGCUCCAGCCUCUGAUCUUGUCAAAGAUCUCCCAGGCCAGCCCGAAGUUUCGUUCAAGCAGUAUGCCGGAUACGUGACAAUUGACCAGCGAUCGGGCAAGGCACUGUUCUACUACUUUGUCGAGGCAGAGGAGGAUCCCACGAGCAAGCCCCUCUCGCUCUGGCUCAAUGGAGGACCCGGAUGCUCGUCGCUCGGAGGUGGUGCGUUCACGGAGCUCGGCCCUUUCUACCCGGACUCCAAAUCGGAUGGCCUGGUCAGGAAUUCUAAGGCCUGGAACAAAGCAUCAAACGUCUUGUUCGUGGAUUCGCCCAUCGGGGUUGGAUGGUCAUACUCCAACACCAGCUCGGACUACCAAACUUACAACGAUGAAAAGACGUCCAGAGAUCUGGUCAAAUUUUUGCAUGGAUGGUUUAUUAAAUUCCCCGAGUACAGACACAGGGAAUUUUACAUCACGGGAGAAAGCUACGCUGGGCAUUACGUUCCCCAGCUAGCCGUUCGUUUGCUAAAUCACAACAUGCUAGCAAAGAAAAGCCAUCAGUUUAAUCUCAAAGGAAUUGCUAUUGGUAAUCCGGCACUGAAUAGCGCAAUCGACGACGAGGCCACCUACGACUACUACUGGUCACACGGUUUGAUCUCGGACAAGACCUACCAGGGGAUCGUCCACAAUUGUAACUGGCACGACUACGAUUACUCAGGGCCCAACCACAACGUUAGCGUUGAGUGCGUCAAAUAUAUCAGUCAAACGAGCUCCGAGGUGGGUCAAAACGUCGAUCCGUACGACGUCCUCCUCGACGCAUGCCUGCCCGAGGCAGUCCACCAGGAGUUCCGCUUAAGAAAGAUGAAAUCCCAAAGGAGCAUAGGAGUUGAUAUUUGCAUCACGAGAGAGCGAACCAGGUACUUUCGAAGGCCGGAAGUCCAGAGGGCCUUGCACGCCAACACCACAGGCCUGCCGUACGAGUGGUCAAACUGUGAGGGGCCUCUCUACUAUGAUAACGGAAAUCUCAACAUUGACAUGGUCACUGUGCUGGAAAAUUUGCUGGUUCAAGGCCUCCGGAUUUUCAUUUACAGCGGAGAUGCGGACUCGGUGGUACCAUUUCUGGGGACCCGGACGAUAAUCGACAGCAUUGUCAACAGGCUCAGGCUCAAAACAUUGGUUCCAUACUCCGCAUGGUAUUCUCAAAGCCAGGUGGCUGGGUGGACGCAAGUUACUGGAAACUUGACCUUUGCCACGGUCAAAGGCGCCGGACACAUGGUUCCGUAUGCUCAGCCCACGCGAGCCCUGGUCAUGUUUCAAGCGUUCGUGAACAACAAAAACCUUCCACGCCAGUAGCGAUGAUAACGCGAAUUCUUUUUUUCUGAUGUGGUUUCAUCAAAAAAGAUGGAACCAUGUAUCAUCUCCUAACCGUUUUCCUCCACUCGUUGACUAAUCGAUCACGAUAACACAGUUUGUUCUC